CAUAGAAUGAAAAACACAAACACAACUAAAGAAUUCUUCUAUAAAUACCCAUUCUGCAGAACUCAUAGAAACCACACACAGACAUUUACUCAAUCAAAGAUUACUACAAGAGCAAAGGAGGAGCAAAAGCUAAGGAUGGCGUCAAUUUGUCAAGGUAAGAGCGAAUGGCCUGAGCUAGUCGGGACGUGUGGAGAAGUCGCAGCAAAAACCAUCCAGGAGGAGAACUCCGUCUAUGCCAUCAUUGUUCCACCAUCCCAAACAUGGAUCCCUGGUAAUUUCAGUUGCGGCCGAGUAUUUGUUUUCGUCGAUGAGAAAGGCAUUGUUACAAGGGUGCCUAGGGUUGGUUAAACUAAGCGGAUGGAGAUGAUUCUUCGUUACUUCAAUUGGAUUGUAAUAUGAUUAAAAUAAAUAAGUCGUCUGAGGAUCGUCUUGCUGUACUUAUAUGGUUUUCUGUUUAAUGUGUUUAUCAAUAACAUGCAAGCUUUGUGUUUGCUUAAAUUUGGGACAUCGGAAAUGGGACGGAAAAUUUGUGCUAUAGUAAUGGUGUAAAUGUUUCGUCACUUUUGUGUCAUGUAUUGACGCUUCGUAAGAUGUCAUGCAAAUAAAUUAAUUAAUGUGAAGGAUAUAUUCCUUUUCCUAUACUUA